UGGCGGCUUAAGGAGAGUGGCUGCCGCCAUGAUAGAACAGCAGAAGCGAAAGGGCCCAGAGUUGCCGCUGGUCCCAGUCAAGCGGCCGCGGCAUGAAUUGCUAUUGGGAGCGGCGGGGUCGGGCCCCGGAGCCGGGCAGCAGCAGGCGGCGCCGGGAGCUUUGCUGCAAGCGGGGCCUCCAAGAUGUUCCUCCCUUCAAGCCCCAAUCAUGCUUCUCUCAGGACAUGAAGGGGAAGUGUAUUGCUGCAAGUUUCACCCCAAUGGAUCCACCUUAGCAUCUGCAGGAUUUGACCGACUGAUAUUGUUGUGGAAUGUCUAUGGUGACUGCGAUAACUAUGCUACAUUGAAGGGACACAGUGGAGCAGUGAUGGAACUGCAUUAUAACACAGACGGCAGUAUGCUCUUCUCAGCAUCCACAGAUAAAACUGUGGCAGUGUGGGAUAGUGAAACAGGCGAGAGGGUUAAAAGACUGAAGGGGCACACUUCCUUUGUGAAUUCCUGUUAUCCGGCCAGGAGGGGUCCCCAGCUUGUCUGCACUGGCAGUGACGACGGUACAGUUAAGCUUUGGGACAUCCGUAAGAAAGCAGCGAUCCAGACAUUUCAGAACACCUACCAAGUGUUAGCUGUGACCUUCAAUGACACAAGUGAUCAGAUUAUUUCUGGUGGAAUAGACAACGAUAUCAAGGUCUGGGACCUGCGCCAAAAUAAGCUGACCUACACGAUGAGAGGCCAUGCAGAUUCAGUGACUGGCCUGAGUUUAAGCUCUGAAGGCUCUUAUCUCUUGUCCAAUGCAAUGGACAAUACAGUGCGGGUCUGGGAUGUCCGGCCAUUUGCUCCCAAAGAAAGGUGUGUGAAGAUAUUUCAAGGAAAUGUGCACAACUUUGAAAAGAAUCUUCUGAGAUGUUCUUGGUCACCUGACGGAAGCAAGAUAGCAGCUGGCUCAGCCGACAGGUUUCUAAAGAAGACCUCGAAAAACAGGCCCACAGCCUAAGAUGUCUUACAUUCUGACAGAGUAAGAACCAUUCUAAGUAUUUUUACAUGAUUUUCAGCAGAGAUGUAUCUUUCCUAUGUAAUUAAGCUUUUAAAUGAUAUCUGCCUAGCUUUUCUUCUGAGCAGUUUGUUUCUGACAUUGGUUCUUUCUAGCUUUCAAUGUUCUCUCUUCCCUCUUUCCCUCCCCACUGUUCCUUUAAGCCUUACAUGUGGAAGCAUGGCUCUGGUCUAGGAAGAGCCUGUAUGUCUACCUGCUGAGGGUUGGCCACAUUUCACAGGCCACCUCACCAAUUAGCCCCAAGUCAACAAGCAGCUCUGUUACAUGAGGAGCCUGGUUCCUGCCAACUGUUGCCAUGCCAGAGUAAGGAGAGGAUAAGGAACCCCUCUAAAUUUAGCAUCUAAUUGGCAGCCAUGGAGAGUGAGGCCUCAAAGUAAACCCUUGGAGAGCUGGGGUUCUGCUGGCUUUUAUGUGCCUGGAAAAUGUAUUGUUCCUUCUCAGAAAACUGCUUUUCAGCUUGGCCUGAAUUUGGCAAAUUUCCCCUCCCUACUUGCAAUUCAUCUACCUCCUCAUGUUCAGAUUUGAAACCCUUCAACAGUUCCUAUCAAGGACUUCAAGAAGACUGGUCAGUCUCUCUGCUGUGAGUGAUUUAUUUAUAUUCAGCCUGUUGAUUUCAUGUGAUUCUGUUUUGAUCAUUUAUUUAUUCAUCAUAACAAUAGCCAUCAUUAAUUCUGUGUGCCAGGCACUUUGCAUACAUUAUUUCAUUAUUUCUCUCAACAGAGCUGUGAGAUCAACAUUGUCUCCAUCAUUACUCCAUCAUUUGACUAAGGAAAGAGAAGCUCAGAGAAGUUAAAUGAAUGUCUAAGUUUAUUUAACUAUUAAAUAGUUGCAUUGAGACUUGAACCCAGAACUUAUACACUUUUUCAGUAGGCCACAUAGCCUUAGAUGGAUUAAUGAGGACAGUUAUUAUGCAUGGCAAGAAAGAAGACACUGAGGAAAAUAUGAGCAUUAGAGCCAAGGAGUCUGUAGACAGAUGGGGUUCCUUCUCUUCCACCUUGAGUGGAACUUUUAUUUAGUUCCUAUGGAGCCUGGCCCUUGUGAGCUAAACAGUGUAAUUAAGAAGCUCUUGUUUAUUUGCAUUUUAGACCAAAAGUGUAAUGUUGUUCAGAACUAGGUAUUUUAUAAUCAAGUGCUGAUGAGUGUACCCUUUUAGGUCUUGAUUGAACAAAACAAAUACGUAAAUAAUUGGUAUAACCUGUUUGAAAACCACC